AUGAUCACGGCGUCGAGCACGAUCACCCAGAUCGCCGCGCCCCUCGCGCGGAUACCGCCGCUCUCCUGGCGCGACACCCGACGCGUCACCGACGGGCGGGCCGGGCUCAUCGCGUCGCGCCGCGGCGGUGUCGGCGCCCCGCCGCGCGCGACCGUUCCCCGCCGGCGCUGCGUCGUCGUGACCGCGAACGGCCGCCACUCCCGCAGCAAGCUCCGCGACAAGGAGGACGCCCGGGAGCGCGCCCGCGACGCCGCGUACCGCGACAUGCGCAGGGAGGAGACGCGCGAUGCGCUCGUCAAGGUGGACGACGGCGCGGUGACUGUGGACUUCAAGAACACCGGCAAGGCCGCGACCGGCGUCGUCGCUCGGGUCAAGCGCGCGCACAAACGGGCGAUGAAGAAGCUCAAGAAGAAGGUGGACAAGACGGUGUCCGGCUUGACCAACUACGGCGAGGGCAACUCCAGGGCUCCCACCUUCCGAGCGGGGUACCAAUCCCCGGGGGUUGGGUUCCGAGACCGGGCGGGCUACGGGUAUUACGGCCCUCCGCCGUGGAUCUCCUCACUCGUCGGGUGGGGCGUGACCCUCGGCGUGGUGUACGCGCUCGGGAGGGUGUUCGGGAUCAUCCGCCCGGGCGGCGGCGCCGGCGGCGGCGCCCUGCGACUUCCGUCCCUCCCGGGCUUUGGCGGUUCGAGGCGGAAACCGCCCCCGGGCUCGGGGCCGGGGCGAUGGGUCAAGGAUCGCACUCUGGGAGGCCGGGAGAUCUGGGUCGAGGACAAGUACCGCACUGCCACUCGGCGCAACUUUGGCGGCGCGAUGGACUCGUUGGCCGAGCCGACGUACAGCGGCGGGCUCUCCGAGCGCGCCGCGAACGAGCGCAAGGCGAAGGAGGCGAAGGAGCGAAGGGAAGCCAAAGCGGCGGAGGACGCGGCCGAGCCGAGGUGGUGGGACCCGCCGUCGCCGGGGUACUGCCCGGAGUCGCAGAGGGAGCAGAGGCUGCUCGCGGCGCGCGCGGUGUACGCGGCGCUCAGCAACAAGCGCGUCAGCGGCUUGCAGUACAACGAGGGCGACCUCGCGGCGCUGCGAGACGCGUGCGCCGAGGCCAGAGCCUCCGUCGCGGAUCGCGUCAAGCCGGAGAGCGCCAGGGUGGGCAUCUACAAGUCCGCGGUAGAGUUCGCGAUCGACGCGGCGGCCAGGCGGAGCAGCACGGGCGUCAUCGGGGUGCCCACGAAGUUUCUCACGGGCAUCGCCGACGACGUGGGGAUCCGCCCCGGGAAAGCCGGGCGGCUCGUCGCCGCCGCCGUCGCCGCUCGAACGCGAGCCGAGCUGCUCCAAGCCGGCGCGGAGCUUCGACAGGACGACCAGGGCGCCGCGAUGAUGACGCUGGACAAGAUCAUCGGGGUGCUGACGGUGUUCACGCCGGAGGUUGGGAGUGCGGAGUUUGAGAUGUGCGCGGUGGGGUUGGAGCCGAGGCUCAACGCGACGGAACGCGGGGCGCUCUACGAUCUCUUCGGGAAAAUCGGCGGCGGCGACGUCGCGCCCUUCGUCGCCGAGGCUCUCGGGCUCCCGUAG